AUGGAUCCACAUGGGCCAGCGAUGAUGGGCGGCGGGGGAGGAGUCUACGGCUACGCCGAGAUCUGGUCUGGUUUUCAGGUGAACUCCAAUGCGACGCCGUAUGGGUUGGGCAUGGAUCCAAUGGUGAUGGACCAUGGAUCGGACCAUGGACCAACCAAUCACGGCUCGAGGAAGAGGAAGGAUGAAGACGACGAGAUGUGCGCCAAAGGAGGAGCUUCGACCAGCAACAGCAACGGCAACGGCGGCGAUAAUAAUUUUCCGAAUGGAAGUGAUGGUAAAAGGCCGAAGGCAAUGGAGUCGAACGAAAACAAUAUAGAAAAUGAGAAAACUUCAGACAAGGGUACCAAAAAACCUUCGAAGCCAGCUGAACAACCUAAGCAAGACUAUAUUCAUGUUCGGGCCAGAAGAGGUCAGGCUACCGAUAGCCACAGCUUAGCCGAAAGAGCCCGGAGAGAAAAGAUCAGUGAAAGGAUGAAGAUUCUCCAGGAUUUAGUUCCUGGUUGUAAUAAAGUUAUCGGCAAAGCUCUUGUGCUGGAUGAGAUUAUUAAUUAUAUUCAAUCGUUACAGCGCCAAGUUGAGUUUUUAUCGAUGAAGCUCGAAGCAGUAAAUGCAAGAGAGACCAUUGAUGGAUAUCAUUCUAAAGACCAACCGUUUGAGGUUCCCGGCAUAGCUUUCGGUUCCCAAAGCGCACGUGAAUACAAUAGGGACUCGUCUCCGGAUUGGCUACACAUGCAGAUUGGUGGUAGCUUCGAAAGGAUGUCGUGA